AUGGCCUUCCAAGUGUUACUUUUCGCUGCGUUGCUCUCGCUCUCGGUAGCUCAACUGGAAGUGCCAGGAAAGCUAAUACGUAGUUCAUCAUAUCAAUCAAUAAGUCCAUUGGCAUUUACCUUGAUGUGCGACGGUGUCAGCGUGUAUUCAUCGUGCAGUGAUUGCAACAACGUAUUGGUGUGCUUGGGGUCAGCUAGUGCUGAGAAAAACUGCAAGGUAGCUUCGCCGAGCACUCCCUUCUGCGUGGACGGUGCCUGCUCUGCGACGCCAAAUACUGCAGACGGAUGCUUUCCACCUUCGUUGACCUGCACCGGUGUUGGCUUUUACCCAGAUCCCAGCAAUUGUCAAAUCUACCACUACUGCGAAGGAAUCGAUCAGGAUUCGUCUGUGUACGAGUGCGCCCCGAAUUACGUUUACAAUGCUGCAACCAACCUGUGCAAGCAGAAGGUUUACGCCGCGGAUUGCGUAACGGUCCAGUGUGAUCAGCGUAAAGUUUUCUCCAACUAUGGCACCAGCAAGCAGUACUUUGCAUACUGUGAGUUCACAGCGGAUGUUGUGACGAGCAUCAGCAUGCUGCAGUGUGCGCCCUAUUCGAACUUCGACGGUACGUCUUGCGUUUUCACAUGCCCAAAGGCGGGUAAUUUCCAGCACUCGGAUGCCACCAAGUACUAUCAGUGCUACUUAUCGGGAGGAAAGUUUGUCUAUCUGGUGCAGAGUUGUACCACCGGUAAGAACUUCGAUCAGGAACGUCAGGUAUGCAUUACGGCACCAGCGACGACGACUACUACAGCGGCUCCAUAGAAAUGAUGGCAUUUA